CAGCUAUUGAGUCAAUUGACAGCGAGUCAGCGACAGCCAUUGUAAAAUGGACCCAACUAGAGGGUGCUGAUUAAAAUUAAGUUAUUAUUUUCUUUAUUCAUUGUAUUUAAACCACAAAAUAAUCAUUCAAAAUGAGCGUAUUUAAAUCGGCCAUGGGCUACUUCAGUUCUGGAGGAGCCAAUGGUGGUAGUGAUAAUGAUUUCGUCGGUCAAUUCGUUGAAAUCGGAAACAUGAAACUGAGAGUGAAAAAAGUAAUUGCAGAAGGUGGAUUUGCAUUUGUUUUCGUUGCUCAAGAUGUAUCAUCAGGUACAGAGUACGCUCUAAAGAGGCUAAUGGCAGCUGAUGAACAAGCAAACAAGAAUAUUAUCCAAGAGAUUAGUAUAUUAAAAAAAUUAUCCGGACACACUAAUGUAAUUAAGUAUAUAGCAGCUUCCUUUAUUGAUAAGUCAAAGACGAGCCAUGGGAUGAGCGAGUAUUUAUUGUUGACUGACUUAUGUACGGGGGGCAGUUUGAUGGAGGCUCUACAAAGUAAGGGGCAAGCGUUCCCCUUGCCAACGAUCCUACGAGUAUUCUACCAGAUGUGCCGAGCGGUUCAGCACAUGCACGCCCAAGUUCCUCCUAUAGCUCAUCGUGAUCUCAAAUUAGAAAAUUUCUUAAUAUCCAAUGAAGGUACAAUUAAACUAUGUGAUUUCGGAUCCGCAACUACAGAUGUUUACACUCCAAACCCAUCAUGGAGCGCUAAUCAAAGAAACAUGUUAGAGGAAAACCUGGCCCAAUUCACAACACCUAUGUACCGAGCACCAGAACUUUUAGACACGUGGGAUAAUAGAAAAAUAGAUCAUUCAGUAGAUAUAUGGGCGUUGGGAUGUAUAUUAUACACUCUAUGCUUUAUGCAGCAUCCGUUUGAGGACUCCGCAAAAUUAGCCAUUUUGAAUGGAAAUUACAAUCUUAAUCCCAACGAUCAACGUUAUAAAUGCUUUCACGAGAUCAUAAGUGGUUGCCUAACAGUGAAUCCUGCUGAGCGACUGACAAUAAACAGUGUGCUGGAACGACUGGCGGCGAUUGCUGAGUCCAACAAUGUCAAUCUCAAGCAACCACUCAAAUUUGAGCGUAAAAAAGUUGAACAAUCUGUGGCCACUAGCUCGCCAGCGAGCAAAGACCAACCAACGUCAAACAGCCAGGAGGUGCCAAACUCUCGGCCGCCGGAGCCGAGCCGGCCUCCGCCGCCCAGUCGGCCCCCAGCUGCGCCCCACUACAAUGCUCCCCCACCCCAAGUACCGGGUAAUUCUGGAGGAUUAUUCUCAUCUAUAAAGGGAGGUGCUGGCAGCUUCUUGAAAAAUUUAAAAGACACUUCCUCAAAAGUUAUGCAAACAGUACAGCAGUCGAUAGCUAGGACGGAUUUAGAUAUCAGCUAUAUAACUAGUCGAAUAAUCGUGAUGCCGUACCCCUCAGAGGGAUUAGAGAGUGCGUACAAGACUAACCACAUAGAUGACGUCAGGGCGUUCCUGGAGAGCCGUCACCCUGGCGGCAAGUACUGCGUGUACAACGUGUGCCGCGGGUCGCGGUCGCAGUUCUCGCGGCACGGCGUGGAGGCCUGGCGUGCUCUGUGGCCCACGCCGGCACACAAGGCGCCCCUGCUCGCGCCCUUCUACUCCCUCCUGCAAGACAUGUACCAGUACCUCGGGAAGGAUGAUCGGAACGCUCUAAUCAUUACAUGCCAGGACGGCAAAAUGAUGUCGUGUGUGGUGCUUUGUGGGUUGCUACUGUACUCUAAACUGGUGACGGUGCCGGAGGACGCGCUCCAGAUAUUCGCGGUCAAGCGCUGUCCCAUCAACAUUCCGCCCGGCCAAUUGAGAUAUCUCUAUUACCUUAGCAAUAUUAUAAGGCCAGAACCAAUGCUCGUUCACUUUAGGCCUGUGACCUUGGUGUCUAUCACCAUUCAACCGGUGCCACUCUUUACAAAAGCAAGAGACGGAUGUAGACCCUACAUUGAAAUUUACAACGAAGAUAGACUGCUGUUGUCUACAAUGCAGGAUUACGAUAGAUUACAUAUGUAUACAAUGGCAGAAGGGAAGGUGACGCUGCCCCUGGACACGACGGUGUGCGGCGACGUGGUGGUGAGCGCGGUGCACGCGCGCAUGCAGCUGGGCCGGUUGCACGCCGUGCCCAUGCUCGCGCUGCACUUCCACACCGGCUUCCUGCCGCCCGACCACCACGCCAUCAAAUUUACCAGAUCAGAGAUCGACGAAAUUUAAAUAAAUAUUUACAUAAAUUACCACUUACUCGUCAACACACUGACCGCGGUGAUAAGCCUCGUAGUACAGAACGGGGAGCGGCGGAAACCCCGCAGCGAUCUCUGGGAGGAGGAUCACUCGUUCCCGAUACGAACACCGGAUGUGCUGUUCUCUACCAAUCUAGAACGGGAUGAGACUAUCGAUAAUUUUGCUAAUCUACGAGGAAACGCUGCAGCGAUACCUCGGACAAUAACAGCUGAUUAUCCGGCCCGGGAAGCGGAGAAGCCAGCCCCUCCUCCGCAGCGGCCCCCGCCCCCGCGCCCCGCCGCUCCCGCCGCUCCCCAGCCAGCACCCGAAGUCGUCCCUCCUGUUUCCGACGCUGAUUUCCUUAACCUGAGUUCCAGUCAAGUUCCCCAACCUGAGACGCAGAAACCACAAAAGAAGUUGACCAGUGACGAUUCCUUCGACUUCUUCGGUAUGAUGGAGAAACAGACUGAUGAAACCUUCGGAGACUUCUUAAGCAGCAGACCGGCCGCUGAUAACCCACAGCCAUUCUCAUCUCAGAGUAUAUUCGGCGACUUGCCAGCACCGCCGGAGACGACUGACAAGCCCGCUGCGAACUCCUGCGAUCCGCUCAAUUUCGAUCCUUUCGGCCUCAAUGAUCCUCUUCCCAAACAAGAGCCGCUGUUAACUCCACAACAAAUACAAGAAGAUGGGCGAUCGCAGAGCGUUCCACCUGAGCGGCAGACGAAGAAGGAUCCGUUCGCGGAGCUGGGCGUGCUGGGCGCCGCCAGCGCCGCCGCCUCGCGCGCCGCCUCGCCGCGCGCCUCGCCCGCGCACACGCCCGCGCACGCGCCGCCCGCCACCCCCGCGCGCUCGCCAGCACACCAACCGGAUUACAGUCGGACUCAUUUUGAAACUGCAAAAACACCGGCCGAUGAGAAACCGAAGAAGUCUGGAGACGUAUUCGGUGACCUUCUUGGCAGCCAGGGCUACGACUUCGCAACUAAACGAGACACCGGGCCCAAGACCAUGAACGCAAUGCGCAAAGAAGAAAUGGUCAAGGAAAUGGACCCAGAAAAAUUAAAGAUACAUGAAUGGACGGAGGGCAAGAAAGCAAAUAUUCGAGCGCUAUUGUGCUCGUUACAUUCAGUAGUGUGGGAGGACUGCCGCUGGGCACGCUGCGAUAUGUCGCAGCUCGUUUCCGCCGCCGACGUCAAGCGGAGCUACCGACGCGCCUGUCUCGCCGUUCACCCAGACAAGCAAAUGGGCACUCCUAACGAGAAUUUGGCCAAGAUGAUAUUCAUGGAGUUGAACAACGCAUGGAGCGACUUCGAAAAUGACGCCAAACAACAAAACUUAUUCCAGUCCUAAUGUAAUUAUAAACACGUUGUUAUCCUUGUUAAUAAAUACAGUUAUUAUUAUAAAUUCUGUCACGAUCUUAUCCUUGCUGACAGUAUAAUCAUAAUGAAUACAUACGCAUAUAAUGUAAUGAUAAAUUAAUAAAUAAUCUAAUAAGUGUACCAGUUAUCGAUUAAUGUCGUCUUGUAAUUUAUUUUAUUGAUUAAAAUUUUAAGUCCACGUAAUGAAGCAACAUAGAUUUCUGUUUUAUUUAAAAAUUUGAAUGUUCCUUAGUAAAUAUAUAUUGACCUUAAUUAUGCGAAUGGCACCCGCAAAUUUAUUUUGACAUUUGUAUAUUUUUUCAAUUUCUUUAACGGAUGAUCCAAAGUUUGUUGAUAGUGCUAUCGAUGGAAUUUGUAAUUAUUUUAGAGUAAAAAAAAGUACAAGUGUUCACUCUCUAUAAAGAAGAAUCAUUAACUGAAAUUACUAUCAUGGGGUUUCGGUGUAUAAUAAAUCGGGUAUGUAAAAGCAUUGUGAAAGGCGAAUAUGUAAAUUUAAUAUUUUAGUAUUUAUUUAUUUAAGCAUAUAGCCAGUAUUGGCAAUGAGAAGAUCGUGACCAACUGUUUCAAUACAACUUAAUGAAAAUGUAAAUAAAAGAACAAUUGACUCGGCCUUAAGAUGGUAUGCUGAUGUCCAAUAGUAGUAUAAAUAGAAAAUCAAUUGAUCGAGUAUUUAAUUUCAUUCAAACAGUGUUUUGUCGUAUGCUCCCGAAACUAAUCGAUCUUUUUCGACCAAAUUACACAUAAGUUAGACCGGUAGUUAUUGCAUUAAAAUAAAAUUAAUGUAUAAAUUUUUAACAAUGAAACAUAGUUAUCUUUUCAUUAAGUUAUAUUGAGAUAUAAUUAUUAUAGUUACUACUCGAUACGAUUCGAUACUAAUUCAAAUUCUCAAUCAUGUAUAAUAUAACUUAACAAAUAUAAACCUAACAUAGAUUUAGGUUAAGAUAAACACAGAAAACAAUAGGCAAAUGUCAACGAAAUAAAACGAAAUUUAAAUAUAAAAUGAAACAGUGUUUAAUAUCAAAAAUAUCUAAUCGUAUUGAGGCACAUUUGUACUUGUUGUCAUCAUAACUGUAGUUUGACUGAGCAACUUAACUUAGAAAUUUCAUAACUUUUCUUGAUAUGUAAAUUAUUAGAAUGUUUAAGGCAGUGGGCAUUUAUUAUUACAAUAGUAAAAUUAUGCUAUGGCUUAUGGAGAAAAAGCUUCUUUCAGCGAUUAUAUUUAAUUGUUACAUACGAAAUAUGUUAAAGUGCACAAUACACUAGCAAGAAUAUAUUAAUCUGCUUGUAAGUUAUUAUU